AUGGGACAGGAGGGGAGCAAGGUAAAGGAAACAUUAAAGGGCAUAUGUGGCCUUCAAGUUGCGCGUGUGCUGCCCCGAAGCCCCGCUCAUAAUGUGGGUUUAGUUCCCUUUUUCGAUAUCAUCACCGCCGUUGACGAUUGUCUCCUCGUUGACGAGGAUGUUGCUGUGAUGCAGUUUAGGUCAUUUGUGUCCCAGCGAAAAAAUAGUCAGUUGUUAUUGAAGGUGUACAAUUUGCAUGUGCGCGCCUAUAGGGAAUUGGUUUGUUUUCCCAGUACGUCUUGGGGAGGCGCAGGGUUGUUGGGGUGCAGUAUUGAAUGGUGCCGUGCAAAGGACUGCUUAAGACGCAGUUGGCACGUUGUGGGAAUUCUUCCGGGGAGUCCGGCGGCUCAUUGCGAGGAACUUCGAGCAGAGCGGGACUUCAUCAUUGGUAUGCAGCGGCCAGAGGAGCCAGUCGUUACGCUUUUAAAGGAUGAGGAUGACUUCUACGGAAGGGUGGAUCUGUGGCGCAGUCUUCAGCGGGUGGCAAUUCAACGUCUGAACCGUAACUCAAUGGCUCUCCCCGCAGGGGCCGAUGGCAAAGCUGCAUCGAGCGCCGACAUUGGGAGGCUUCUACUUCUCGUCUACGACGCUUUGGAAAAUGAGGUGAAGGAGGUGGUGUUGGAUGUGGGUCCUGACGUGGAUGCUCCGUUAGGACUUAAUUUGGCAGCGGGACUGCUGCAUUCGCUAAUCAUCUCUUCCCCAAUGGAGGAACGCAGAAGCCUCAGCGGCAGUAAUGACAGUAAGGAUGGCAACGAAAACGACAAUGACGGUGGUUGUGCGACAAACAGGAGACUCAGCCUACCAGUUAUGACAACUUUUUUGACAAGUUUGGGUGUGGUGGAGAGAAGCUUGCCCGCGACGCCGUUGCAAACACCUUCCAGAAAAAAUGUUGGUAUGCACUCCCAUGACGAGUUGCCGGACCCCGUGCCAACGAUGCCUCCAACUCCUACGCCGUACAGAACGCUGGCUCCACCUGACUUUUGUGAAAUUACAAUGCCUUCGUCUAAGCCGCUAAUAGGAAGAGAGGGGGUGAUACAACGGCAAGAAUGCUUGGCGACACCGGGUGCCGUGGAUAUGAGCAGGACUCUACCUGCUGCGGGGGAAGUGGAACUCGGGGAGCUACGUAUCCCCUCGGUCCUUCAUCCGGAUUGCAAGACGAUACCAGCUAUUUCCCAGGGUUCUUUGACGAAUACUGUCGGUAGUGGUUUGGAAGGACUGACAAAUCCGUGCACCGUUUCACAGGAAGCAGCUUCUAAUGCACUGCCACCAGUCAUAACAGAGAAUGGGAACAAACCUCUGCAACCAACAGCGCAGCGGGGGGAGCAACACGUAGGGACAAGUUCUAGCGGCAUGCAGCGCCAUGGACCUGUCGCUCACGGUGCUUCGUGGAACACAUUUCUUUCUGCUAACAAAAAUUUUAACUCCCCGCCACAGGUGACGCUCCUCAAAAUUCCCCCGCCGCUACAUUUCCCAAUCAUACGGCCAACAACACCUACGUCUUGGAAAUGA